UGGGAGACAGGAAAAAAGCUACAAACAGGAGUUAAAGUAAGGUGGUGGAGCACUUGGAAAUUGCUCUCUCCUUGGCAUUGGCCACUCUCAGAAGACACGCUACUACUAGAUGGACCAUUGAUCUGACCCGGUCUGCCUGGCCUUAUGUUUCUCUCCUUAGGGGAGAAGCUUAGAAGAAGGGUAAAGCUCCCCCAUUCCCAUUCUAAAGCCAACGGGGAGUUCCCUCUGCUCUGUUGGGCUUGGCCCUUCCCCCAGGAACCCUCUCUGCUCAUUGGCCAGCAUGAGAGCUCCCCAAGAUUGUUUCCAUCUGCUUUCACCACUGCUUAAGAGUUACCUACUGUCUCUAUGACUACCCCAGCAAAGCCUUGCCAUCUGAUUGUCUUAGGCAGAGUGCUGAAGAAGCGGAUGAUGACAAAGUGCACAUUUGUCUAGCCUGACCUAUUCCGUGUAUUUCCACGGAAGGUGAUGGGCAGUUCUGCAUAACUCAGGUCCAAGCCAUGCAGAAUGCGAUUAUGCUGCUUACAAUUAUUAUUAAAGUCCUCAUUUUGAUACUGUCCCGCAAUUGCUGGGUUUAAUUCAGUGGUGAAUUGGCCAGGGUGCAUGUGAACCACUGCCCUCUCUUGGCUGGAAUCAGAAUUGCACAACUGUGGGUCAUAGAUCAUAUGUGUUAGGAGACUGAGAUGUUCAAGCUGUGGGCCCUGUGUUUCUGGAGCAAAGGGAGCUACGGUCUCCCCUGAUGUUGAGAAUCGUCUAAUACGCAGCCUUAAAAUGAGAACAGCAAGCCCUAAAAUGGCCACGGGUUUGCCAGAAGUAGCAGCCAGCGCUGUAAUGUUCGGGUUUUCCAAACAAAUGGCCCCUAGCAAAACUUUAAUUCUUGCAAGGUUGGGCUUGGAUCAGAAAGCAGAAACAAGUCGUGGUAGCUGACACACUGGAGUGCAGCUGUCCAGUGCAAACAAGCCGACCACGGAGGGAUAGCUGGAGGAACGGGCAUUUUCGGUUCGCCCCCACGACCGGGAUCACGGCUGGUUCAAACCCAGCAGUGCUCGUCCAAGCCCUCGGCCACGCACAGACGGUUCAGUGUCUGCUGCCUGGGAUAGAAUCCACCGCCUGCAGCUUUAAGAGAGGGGAGGGUCCCGGCCGAGGAAAAGGCGAAGUCUGCCCACAAGGGCUUCGUUCGCCUUCCCGCUCCAUUCAGAAAUUCCUCCCCGCACAUUCCCGGCGCCGCGGGGGCCUGGCUCGCCUCUCCCGCACACGUGCGCCGCGGAGCGGGACCGAGCCGGCUGCGCGGCUGACUUUGUGAGCUGCUGGCGGGGGGAGGUGGCUUUACACCAGGAAGCUGUUUGCUGCGCUUCUCCACGCUCAGCUGCGGAGCCGGGCUCGCCCCGAUUCAACAGCAGCCUCUCGCCGGCCGCGGCGCGCGGAGCGGAGCGGGGGGGACGCGUUGUUUUUGCGCCGCGCUGCGCGUGUGGCGAUGGCUGCGUGAUGGCCCAGUACAGCAACUCCGCGCCGCACGCCAUGGCUGCCAGGGAAGAGCUCUACAGCAAAGUCACCCCCCGGAGAACCAGGCAGCACCGAGCGGGGACCAUCAAGCACGGCUCGUCUCUGGAUGUCCUCCUGUCCAUGGGGUUCCCCAAAGCCCGGGCACAAAAAGCCCUGGCAUCCACUGGCGGAAGAAGUGUUCAAGCAGCAUGUGACUGGUUGUUCUCUCAUGUGGGGGACCCAUUCCUUGAUGACCCCCUGCCUCGGGAAUAUGUCCUAUACCUGCGCCCCACCGGUCCUUUGGCUCAGAAGCUCUCUGAUUUCUGGCAGCAGUCGAAGCAGAUCUGUGGGAAGAACAAGGCUCACAACAUCUUCCCACACAUCACUCUGUGCCAGUUCUUUAUGUGUGAAGACAGCAAGGUUGAUGCGCUUAAUGAAGCCCUACAGGCCACAGUGAUGCGAUGGAAAUGCAAAUUCCCUGCUCCUCUGCCUUUGGAGCUCUACACAUCUUCAAACUUCAUUGGGCUUUUUGUCAAGGAAGACAGUGCUGAGGUCCUCAAGAAGUUUGCUGCUGACUUUGCUGCAGAAGCUGCUUCUAAAGUGGAUGUGCAUGUAGAGCCCCAUAAGAAACAGCUACACGUGACAUUGGCCUACCACUUCCAAACCAGCCACUUGCCCACGCUGGAGAAAUUAGCUCAGAACAUCGACGUCAAGCUAGGAUGCGACUGGGUCGCUGCAAUCUUCUCUCGAGAUAUAAGAUUUGCGAAUCAUGAGACGCUGCAAGUGAUCUACCCCUACAUCCCGCAGAAUGAUGACGAGCUUGAGCUGGUUCCAGGGGACUUCAUUUUCAUGUCCCCGGUGGAGCAAACCAGCACCAGCGAGGGUUGGAUCUAUGGCACGUCCCUGGCGACUGGCUGUUCUGGCCUGCUGCCUGAGAAUUACAUCACAAAGGCAGAUGAGUGUGGGACCUGGGUGUUUCAUGGCUCUUACUCGAUUCUGAGUACCAGUUCCACUGCAUCCCCUCUGGCCUUCAGUGAUGGAGCUCUGGAGAGAAGACAGCAAGAAGAUCAAGGACCGGGGGACACAGGGCCAUUCACUAUCAUCUGCCAGACAAUGCAACCCCUGAGAGUAACCAGCCAGCCAGGGCCUCAAAAACGAUUCCUUUUUGUCUGCCGGCAUGGGGAGAGAAUGGAUGUUGUGUUUGGAAAGUACUGGUUGUCCCAGUGUUUUGAUGCCAAAGGAAGAUAUAUGCGUACAAACCUGAAUAUGCCUCACAGCUUACCUCAAAGAAGUGGUGGUUUCAGAGAUUAUGAAAAAGAUGCACCAAUCACCGUGUUUGGUUGCACACAAGCAAGACUUGUUGGUGAAGCCUUGCUUGAAAGUAACACAGUGGUUGACCACAUCUACUGUUCCCCGUCGCUGCGAUGCGUACAGACAGCACACAAUAUUCUGAAAGGUUUGCAACAAGAAAAUAACUUGAAGAUUCGAGUAGAACCAGGCUUAUUUGAGUGGACAAAAUGGGUCUCUGGUACUACAUUACCUGCCUGGAUACCUACAGUGGAUUUAGCUGCAGCCAAUCUGUGUGUUGACACAGCCUACAGACCUCAUAUACCAGUCAGCAAAUUAGUGGUUUCAGAGUCUUAUGACACCUACAUAAAUAGAAGCUACCAAGUAACGAAAGAAAUCCUAAGUGAAUGCAAAGGCAAAGGAAAUAACAUUUUGAUAGUGGCUCAUGCUUCGUCUCUUGAGGCCUGUACUUGCCAGCUCCAAGGCCUAUCGCCUCAGAAUUCCAAGGACUUUGUACAGAUGGUCAGAAAGAUUCCAUACCUGGGGUUCUGUUCCUGCGAAGAAUUGGGAGAGACAGGCAUUUGGCAACUCACAGAUCCCCCUAUCCUCCCUCUCACACAUGGACCAACUGGAGGCUUUAACUGGCGAGAGACCUUACUACAAGAAUAGGCAAACCUAAACAUACAAAAAAAAUGGCCUUUUUAAGCGUUGGCGAAUGUCACUUAUUCCUUGUGUUUAAUGACAGUGGAAAUAAUAUUCACAACAUUUUAGGUGAAUUGUUCACAAAAACAUUCUAGCAUAUCACCUAUAGAAUCACAUUCAUGCAAAAAGUUCUCAUGUAAAACUGGGUGAAUAUAAGAAAGGGCUUAUAUGACGGAAGAAUAUAGCUAUAUGUCUAGGCUUCUGCACUGCAGGAAAUGUCUAUGUUAUCCUAAGGCUAAAUAGCCUGGAUGUAUUUUUCAUCUUGAACUGAACUCAGACAACAAAUUUUCACUGCCUUCUGCACCAUGUUAGUGACAUCUAGGACUGUGUGAAAAUAGUGAAUUUUGCAUCUUUUUCAUUUGCAAAAUGUUGCAGGACAAAUAUGUGCAAUUUUGUUCUGGGCUAUGUUGGCAUCUUCCCCAUUACUCUGAAAUUUUGCUAAAUAGCAAUUUUGUUUUCCCCUAAAAUAGCUACACUGCAUGUGUUCCAUAAGAUACUUUGUCUCACCUCCAGAAGGAAAGGGGUUCUCUAUUCCAAUUAUAGACUGGCAUCAAAUUAUUCCUUUUCAUUAUCAUAUUUGGUGGCUACAUAUUACACAGGUGUGUAGGUUGCAGUUGCUUAAGAUAGACUAAAACGCAUGAUGUUGAUAUGCAUCAGCACACAAUUUUGAACUUCAAAGCUGUCAGAGAUGAAGUUCUCACAUGAAAAAUAGCAUCAUUUUUCAGUGACGAACAGGCAAUUUUGCUAAAUGGAGAUGAAAAGAGCACUCAAAAUGUGAAGGUUUUCUGAUUUUCUUAGCUGAAAUUUACUGCUGUACACAGGACCAUAAAAUCUGUGCAUCACUCAAAUCCUGUUUAAGACCCUCAUAAUAGAGAUUUUAUAUGCCUUUUGCUGAUUCCUCUGUAGAGACGUGUAUUUCACACCUUUGUGAAUAUUUCUUAGAGCUUUAGUGACUAUCUACAAUAAUCAGCCUUCACUGUGGAUAAUGACACAGACAAAAGGAAAUGCUUGUAAUUCAGAUUUAAGGUGGAGGGUUAUUUUGUGGUUGAAUUUUGUUUAUUUGGGGUUUUUUGUUUUGUUUUCCCCCUUCCUUUCCUUAAAAUUUAAAGUGCCACCUGUCACACAUAGAAAGCAGAACAGUGAUUGAAAAAAGUAACACAUGGGCCCAUGAACAUGUUACGUAUGAGGUGAUUUAUUUCAUGUUUAGCUAAAAUCUUGAUCCCACUGAACUCAUGAGGAACUUCUAGAUCAGACCUAGUGUUUUAAGUCCAGCAUCCUUUCUUUGGCAGUGGCCAACAUCAACUGCUUCAGGGAUAACCUGCCUCCAAGGAAAGUUCCUUCCUGACCUACAACAGUAUAGAGGCUGUCUUAUGCUCUGAACCAUGAGGGUUCUCAAAUUAUUUUGUAAAAAUAUUUACUAUUUUAGGCUCCAAUUCAGGAAAACACUAAAACACAUGCUUAUUAUGGGAGUUAAGCUCUGUCCUGAAUAGUUUUCCUGGCCAUAAUUUAUUCUCGUUAUCCAUAUAAAUGUCCAUUUUUGGGAGGAGGUGAUAAUCCUGUUAAAAGGUAAGCCUGUCAGUAACUGAAUUCCCAUCAAUUUCAGUGGGACUGGGAUUUGGCCACACAUUCAAUAUUAUCACAGUGACAUAAAAUCAGAGGGCCUAAUCUUUCAUAUGUGAUACAGGCAAAAGGCCCACCAGCUUCAAUGGAAAUUAAGUCCAUAUGGCAACGGCAAGAUCAAGUGCUAGGGGUUUUAAGCUAAGUUUGGUCUAGUUUGUGAUUCCUUGCCAAGGAAUAUACAGCAAAUCUGUAUAGAAUUUAAGUCAACAAACAGCUCAUCUUGUGCAAUAUGUACAUUGUCAUAACCAUAGCAGUAGUCUAAUAUUUGUACAUUUACAAUAUAUGUAAUAAAUGGCAGGACAUCAAUAAAUGCAUUAUUAUACCAGGGAUGUAUACUGAAAAGUCAGGGAGAUAACUUAUGUAAUGACAGAAAGAAACUGCAUCAGUAUCUAAACUGCAUCAGUUAUAUUUCUGUCACAUUUUUAUUUUAAUUAUAAUUUAAACUAUUUUUAGCUAUGUACAGACAUUCUAAAGAGUGUUUAUUGCUUGUUUUCCUUCAUGCUUACUGACCACAAACUCACAAAGGAGUUUAUUUAAUUAAAUGAAUAAACAGACAAUCAAACCAAAAAUAAUUUGGGUUUCACUGUAUAUUUAAAUUCCAUUGAUAACUUACUGUUUUAUGCUUCAGGCUUGCAAGAGGUUGGGGUAACAUGCAAUAUGAGGAAAAGCUAUCCAGAUUUGACCAUUGUUAAAGAGCAUUACGGGAAUUUGUUUAGACAAUAGCAUGUAACAGGUAUGGAACAAAACCUGUAUUUAUAGACUGUUGAAUAUUAUAGUAAUUGAUCUUUGCAUAGAGUUAGUAUUUAAAAAAACGUGUUCUGUUAGUGAAGGAAAAAACGUUAAAACAUUCUCUUCUUACAAAAGUAUAUUUUUAGAUGUUUGGAAAAGUAUAUGGACAAUUGUUAUCUGAUAUCAUGUUUGAGUUUCAGGUGUCAGGAAUUUCAGAAAAAAAAAUCUUGUUUUCUUCCAAUAUUUUGUUGUCUAAUAAGGGUUUUGCAUUAAGGAAACUGGUGCUGAUACGAAUCUUUGUUUAAAAUGCAUCUUACAUUAUUUAAAUGCAUAGCACUGGGAAAACCCUGGAUAUUUUAAAAAUGUUUUUAAUUAGAAUGUUUUAAAAAAGAGCAUCGCUGCUUAUAUUUUACUACGUUGCUGUUCAUUAAUAUGUAUUUAAUGUAUCUUCGGUGUCUCGUCCCAGGGGAACAUUGGCCUGAUGCAGCUGAAAUGAAUGCAAUUCCUUCUCUGGACUUCAUGGCAGUGAUUUCAGGCCUGCUCAGUUCAGUCUGAACCCAUAAGGAGUGACAAUGGCUCUUAGACCCUUGUACGGCUAAAGAACAAGGCGGGAAAUCUUGCAAGAACAAGUUGUUCUUUAGAAAUCGUUAGAUUGGGUCUGGUCAGAAAUAACAUGAGAAUUAGUAGCAUGUGGCUGGGGCCUGAGCACAGCAGUAGAUAAAGGGGUGAUACCCAGCAGCCUCAGGAGGGGAAAAUUGACUAUUUUUAUAUCAUUUUUCCAUUUUCUUUGAUUUCAUCAAAUGUUUCAGUCAUGCUCAGUGGGAGCCUCCCAGAUUUCAGGAGCCUUUACCUGAAUGUUUUGCCUCCUUUAAGUGGAACAGUUUGGGUUGCAACAGUCAUGGACCCUGAUCCUGCAAGCCAGGGUGACCAGCUGUCCCAAUAUUGGCUUUGUCUUCUAUAUCUGACAAUCCUGCCUUCCCACCCUUCAGCCCCCCAAAAUGUCCUGAUUUAUCACACUUGCUGUCUGAUCUCCCUCCUGCAAGCUCACACAUGCAUUCCCCUUGCCCUACACCAGGGGUGGGGAACCUAAACCCCAGGGGCCAGAUGUGGCUCCCAGCUUGCCUGGAUCUGGACCCCUGAGGCUUGCUGCCCUUCCCCCAGCAUUGGGGAGUCUGCACUCAUGCUCCACUCCCCCCUGCUACCUCCACACAGGGCCGGAGCACACAAAAUCUACUAAUCUGGGCCACCCUAGGCUCUGGUGUGCAAGGGGAAUUUGGGGAGUGUCUGUCUGGCUUUCUCCUUCUCACUUGUGUGAAGCUUAGGGAUGUUAAAUUGCAGCUAAUCAGCUAAUUGAGUAGUGUAUGGAAUUUUGACUACUUCCUGCUCCUCACCCACCCUGCGGAGACAGUGCUGGAGGGAACCAGCUUUUAAGCCAGCUCCCCCGAGCACCAGUUCCUCCCCAAGUGGGGAGGGAAGCGAGUAGUCGACUCAACUAUCCAAUAAGCAUGUGCUUAUCGGGCAGUGGACUAGUCGACUCCUCCCUUACCUCCCCAGUUUGGCACCCAACUGAUUUUUUUCUGUGGGUCAGCAGCCCCUGACCCAAAAAAAGUUCCCCGCCCCUGCCCUAUACAGAGCCCACUGCAAUAUAUGAAACCUUACCUAGAACACUCUAAUCUGUGUCAGACAAAAUGUGCAUAGUUUCCAGUAACUUUAGCAAUAUACUGCUUUGUCCAUUGUCCGUGGGAAUAAUCAGAUGUGUUAAUGCAGGUAUCAGGUGCUACAUUUUCAUGAGUUUCCCUCAAUAUCAAUAUACUGGUAGCAACAGUCGAUUGCUUACAUUCUAUAAGGCCUUGUCUUCAUUCCAAGGAAGAUGGAUGCUGCCACAAUGGAUCUUCUGGAGUUCAAUUUAGCAGGUCUAGUAAAGACCUGCUAAAUCAAAUUGAGAGGGUGCCCCCUUUGGCAGCUGGUUCUCUUUGUCCUGCGAUGAGUAAGGGAAGCUGAUGGGAGCAUUUGCUCCCAUUGGCCUCCAGCUGUGGGAAUGGCAGGGAAACUCGAAUUAAGAUAUUGACUGGAGUUGCAUAUCUUAAUCCAACCUUCCCCUUUAGUGUAGACCUGGCCUAAGUAGUUUUCAGGCCAGGCCUUAUCCACUAUACAUGGAUUUAAUCUACUGAAAUCAAUGGAACUAUUUCCAUUUACAUCAGCAGAAGAUGUGACCCAUUAUUUUUAGAAUGCAGUGUUUUCCAUUACAUGGAAUCUAAGCAAAUUGAAAAUUAAUGGCCAACUAAUGGCUAGCAUUUUUUUAUUUUUUCCUGUGGAAUUAGCUUCUUUUUAUUAUUAUUAUUACGGGGAUAAUAUAUUAAAACCAAAGAGUGAGUGAUAUAAAAAAAAUCUCUUUCUGAAGAAAAAAAUAAAUAGUUUUGCCAAACAAAACUAAAACCAACUUUCCCCCACCCCUCAAAUGGGGGGAGAAAUAAUUCCAGAGUUAAUACCUAAUAUAUUAUUUUUAUCAACAGACCUGUCUCCUUCAGGUUGUAAUACUGUAAGGACUUAGAUGUUGUCUGCUUAACUGCAUAUUGCGUGCCUCUAUUUUUAAAGAAAGUUCGGGGAUAUAGUUAUUAUUAUUAUUGGCAGCAUUUCCACUAAACUAGCUGUUAGCAUACUAUACUGAUAUUUUUUAUUUCAAUUGGCCCUGAUUCAGGAAAACAUUUAUGCGUGUGUUCAAAAGCUGUUGACUUCAAUGGACAUUAAUGAGGUACUUAAGAACAUUCCUGAACAGGGAUGUUCCCUUGAAUUAGGAACUAGUUGAAGAUGAAAUUAGAUUCGUUCAGGUCUGUUCUGUUGUGAACAUCAUUCUUUGUUCAGUGAAUUGAGGCAUUUGCUUUUACACCUACCUGCAUUGCUACUUGAGUAUACCAUUUAAAAAAGUGAUGAAUUGCUCCUUUAAAUUUACACUAAAUAAUGAACAUCCUCAAACGCAGAUGAACUACAGUUCAUUCCAGCAUCCUUCAGAGCAGUGGCCAACUCUACACACACUACUGUGAACUUUGGUAGCACCCAGAAUUUGCAUUUAAAUUGCAGUCCUGUCCAUGCAUGAAGAGGAUGGGAGGAAAAUCUCAAUAGCUCACGUGUGGGAUACGGGGAAAACUUAACAUCUGCUUAAGUUAAUAUUCAUUUUAACAAGAGAGAUGUAGACUAUUUUAGUCCAUCAGUUGCCAAAUAAUUUUCACAUUUAAACACAGGAUUGAAAAUUGAUUUGCAGUACUUCAAAAUUUAAAACAUAUUGAAAGUCAGUAGGAAUUACUGAUUAUAAAUUGAGCCUAAACGUAGAGGAAAAUAUUUGAUUCUUAAAUAGAUAGGAAAUUAUGCCAGGAACAGGCACAUUUAAAAUGAUGUAUGAGUGAAUAAUCAAACUGUAAAUGCAAUUGGCUACAUACACUCUAAUAUGCCACUUAGUUGUCAUUGCUGCCUCGAAUAUCUGAACACAUUUACUGAUUGAAUAUUUAUGAAAAUACAUAUAAGGGAUUGGAAAAUAUAUGACCAGAUCCUUUUUAUUAACUUUUUUUGUUGCCACUAAAGGGUGCUUCUACACUGCAGGGCUUAACUCGAAAUAAGCUACACAAAUUGAGCUACAUCAAUUGCAUAGUUUAUUUCGAAAUAGGGAGGAUAUACACAGCACUUA